AUUAAUGUAAAACACAUCUACAUAAAUAAAUCAAUUAAAUCUUACUUUUUGAGGAACAUACAGAUCGGAGAAUUUGAAAAUGGUGAGUUUGAAGGGAUGCAUUGUGGCAUUGUCGGUAAUGUAUCUCAGCUCGUCGGCACUUGUGAAUGCCGCCGAGGCUGCUGCCGGUGCCGGCGGCAACAGCUACUGCGCCACGGCCGCUGACAAAGCGAUGUGCGAGAAUGUGACGAAGACCGCCACAAAUUGGGACCAGGCAAUGACUAUGGGGUUAAUGGAGGCGAUGAAACACUCGGAUUCAAUCAUCCUUAAAAGUAAAAAGGUGUCUUUGGGAAAAUCCAAGUGCGGUGAGACCUACGAUAACAUCCAUGCCAGAUUGAAGGAGUGCAUGGAUUUGGUCAAGAAAGGGGACGCUAAUGAUGAAAUAAAUUUCAAACUCUCGGCCGCGGUAACAGGUCUUGAAGACUGUGAAAUUGCACUUGAAGUUUUGAAAGAAGAAAAUACUCCUUUCUAUGAAUCCCAUCGCCAUUUCAAUCACAUCCUCGAUGUUUGCUUGUCAAUUGAUAAAUUCAAGCAUGGAAAGUAGUGAAAGUAUCAUAUUCUCUUUUUUUUUUUACCAAGUUUCAAAUAAUAAUGUGUGGAUGGGAGAUCCAAAGCGAUCAUCCCCUCUCUUUGGCUGCAGCAUUAUAUUGCUCUCACUGAAGUAUAAUCCAAGUUUCCGAUUAA